AUGACACCGUUUAUCAACGGCUUCCCACGAUGGCGGCGUUUUCUCUUCGUCAUCCCCGUCACAGCACUGCUGGUCUGGGCUUUGCUCCCUUCUUCUAGGUUCAAUUCUCCAACUCGGUUGUUACACGCCGGCAAAAGCUCAUCUGGGAGAUCUAGCGACGACAUCCUGCGGCAUAUCGAUCCUCUUAUCGGCACGACGAACGGAGGCCAUGUAUUUCCCGGCGCGACUUUACCGUAUGGUAUGGCAAAAGCUGUGGCCGAUGCGAGUAACCGCGCGGAGAUAGCAGCCGGUUUUGUCUCGGACGAUUCGGAGAUCCAGGGUUUCUCUCAUUUACACGAUUCAGGUACCGGAGGAAGCCCUUCAUUGGGAAACUUCCCUCUAUUCGUACAUCCCGGAUGCCCCGAAGAUGAUUACUCACAGUGCAAGUUCACCGCCAUAGGCCGAGCCGUCCCUAGAAUUGAUGGUUCCGCGACAGCGCGGCCCGGCUAUUUUGCCAUCGGCCUUAACAAUUCGGUAUACGCCGAGAUGACGGCAACAGGGCACGCCACGCUCUACAGGUUCAGCUUCUCUAAAGAUGACCAAGUAUUAUCUCACAAUGCCAUGGUCCCCAAUAACCCCCUGGUUCUUUUAGACUUGACCGACCUUGGUACCACUCGAACUGGAGGCGACGUCGUGGUAGACCCGAUCGCGGGCAGGAUAACAGGGAACGGCUCAUUUAACCCAUCCUUCGGUACGGGGGUGUAUAAGGCACAUGCCUGUGCUGACUUUAGGGGCGCUGAGAUUCGGCAGAGUGGCGUCUUCAUACAAACCAACGUGACAAACGAGACUAAUGUGAUGGGUUUUAUGGGAAGCGACUAUUUCAUACCGGCCGGGUCAGCUGGUGGUUGGAUCCAUUUUGCGCGCCCGGAGAAAAAUCAGAUCAUGGCUCGAGUCGGACUCUCCUUCAUAUCUAUUGAGCAGGCAUGCCGUAAUGCGGAAACUGAAAUCCCGGACUUCGCUUUUGAGGACGUGGUCAAAGCCAGUGAGAAGGCAUGGAAAGAGAAACUCUCGGUAAUCAAGCCGGAUACUUAUGGCAUGAGUCCUGAAUUCGUGACAACCUUCUGGUCGGGAUUUUAUCGCGCGUUGAUUUCACCUCAAGAUUACACAGGUGAAAACCAGCUCUGGAAUUCUAGCGAACCGUAUUAUGAUUCCUUUUAUUGCAUAUGGGACUCCUUCCGAGCGCAACAUCCCCUACUUACUAUCGUGGAUCCUGCAGUACAAACCCGAAUGGUGCGCUCACUUAUCGAUACGUACAAGAACGAAGGAAAACUCCCAGACUGCCGUAUGAGUUUCAGUAAGGGUUACACACAAGGCGGAUCCAACGCAGACGUAGUCCUCGCCGACGCCUUCAUCAAAAACUUAACCGACGGUAUUAAUUGGAACCUGGGGUAUGAAGCCGUGGUAUCUGACGCCGAGGUCGAACCUAUGGACUGGUCUACAUCAGGACGCGGUAACUUAGUUUCCUGGCAUGAACUAGGGUACGUGCCUUAUGAUGACACGGACCGCAAUGGCACAGGACCCAUGACGCGGGGUAUUUCACGCACGGUCGAGUACGCAUACGACGAUUUUGCAAUCGCGUUGAUGGCUCGCGGGCUCGGUCGUAAGGCCGAUGAGGCGAAGUACUUGCAGCGUGCCCGAAACUGGCGAAAUCUAUUUAAUCCGGAGCAGGAAGAUCGGUAUCGGGAUGAAGAGGGGAACGUGCAGAAGACUCAGUUCAAAGGGUUUUUACAGCCACGGUUCCAAAAUGGUACUUGGCGCUAUCAGAACACGCGCCUUUGCAGCCCCGCUUAUCAGCAGCAUGUCUGCUAUUUCGACACGCAGUACGAGACAUACGAAGGCAGCCCCUGGUUAUACACAUUCUAUGUGCCGCAAGAUAUGGCCGAGCUUGUGUCUGCGUUAGGCGGACGCGAGACUUUCGUUGAGAGGCUCGAUUAUUUCCACUCGUCGGGCAUUAACUACAUGGGCAACGAACCCAACUUCUUACCGACGUUCCAAUUCCAUUACGCGGGCCGUCCGGGGCGCAGUAGUUACUGGGUACACCAGUAUAUACCGGGACAGUUUAACGAAAGUAUCAACGGUAUACCUGGCAACGAUGACUGCGCUAUGGGCGCAUUUACGACAUUCGCGUUUAUGGGGUUCUACCCGGUUGCUGGUCAAGAUGUAUAUCUGCUAACUGCACCUUUCUUCCGAGAAGUGAGUUUGCAGACGCCGUCGGGUAAGCCAGCAACGUUGCGGAAUAUUGGGGGUUUUGACGCGCCGAGGUACAAGAACAUAUAUAUCCAAAGCGCGAAGCUUAACGGCGAGCCGUAUAAUAAGAGUUGGAUUACACAUGAAUUUUUCUUGAAAGGUGGGACGUUGGAAUUUGUGUUGGGGAGCACUGAGAGUGAGUGGGGUACGAAGGAUGAAGAUCUUCCGCCUAGCUUGUCGACGGGGAUGUUAGAUUGA